AUGAAGAUUGUUGUUGAUGUAACAACUGGUGUUGAUCGUGACGCAAUCAUGGCAUUAGAUGAUAUUACAUAUACAUCGCAAUGCGUUAAAUAUAAUGGAACAAUAUCAACAAGGCCCACAACAACUACAACACCAUGCACAGGUUCUUCAACAACUACAACACGAUAUACAGGUAUUACAACAAUUACAACUACCACUAAAUAUACAGAACCAUCAACAACAACCACUAUAAGAACAACUACAACAACUCGUUCUGUAGUAACAUGUGCACAAUAUUGUUAUAACGGUGGUACUUGUAAACCACCAACAACAGAACUUGGCAAACCAAAGUGCGUAGAUGCUAAUGCAAGUACACGAUUACUAGAAUCAACAGUACCAACUUCAUUCACCAAUCCUACUUUUGAUACUGAAACAACGCGUGCAUAG